AUGUCUAACUUGACCAUUUUGACUGAAUUCCUGCUCAUGGGGUUUUCUGACAUUCGAGAACUACAGAUCAUGUAUUCUUUACUCUUCUUACUCAUUUACUUAGUCACUCUGAUUGGAAAUCUCCUGAUUGUUGCAGCCACUACUCUUGACAGGAGCCUCCACACUCCCAUGUACUUUUUCCUAAGAAAUCUGUCCAUUGUAGAUGCCUGUUAUAUAUCAGUCACGGUCCCCAAGGCCUCUCUUAACUUCCUAAUGAAUAACAUGGCAAUCUCAGUUGCCGGAUGUGCCACCCAGAUAUUUCUAGUCCUUUUCCUCUCCUAUGUUGAGUUUACGUUGCUCACUGUCAUGGCCCGUGAUCGUUAUGUCGCCAUCUGCCAGCCACUCCACUAUCCAAUGAUCAUGAGCUCCCGUGUGUGCAUGCAGAUGACCUUAGCAUGCUUGCUCACUGGCCUCCUGUAUGCAGGAUUCCAAACUGGUUAUACAUUUCGGUUGCCUUUCUGUCAAUCCAAUGUGAUCCAUCAGUUCUUCUGUGACAUCCCCUCUUUACUUGCACUCUCUUGUGCAGAGACUUUCAGCAAUAAAAUAUCUAUGGCAGCCUUUGGUCUGGGGGUUGGGAUUGGCUGCUUUACCUUCAUCACUGCAUCUUACGUUCGUAUAUUCUCUACUGUGCUCAAGUUCCCAGUGAAAGAAGACCAAAGGAAAGCCUUUUCUACUUGCAUCCCCCACAUGAUUGUGGUGUCAGUGUUCCUUCUUUCAGGUCUUUAUGUGUACUUACAACCACCUUCACAUUCUGGGUACAUUAAAGAUUUAAUCCUCUCAAUGGUCUACUCCAUAGUACCUCCUUUCUUGAAUCCCAUCAUAUAUAGCUUGAGGAACAAGCAGAUAAAGAAUGCUGUGAGAAUAGUAAUGAAGAGAAAGCCUUUUUAA